GAAACCUUCUCAGUCCCUCAGUGCUGCUACCAGCUCAGCAUCACCCCAGCAGCAUUCCUCUGGAUCUUGCACAGCCAAAGCCCAACUCACGAUUUCCUUCUGAACUCAGCUAAUAAGUAUGUCUGUCCGGUGUACAUCAUAAGAACUGCGUCACCUAAAACACGCUACACUUGCUCUCUGGAUCGAACUAGGGACAGCAGACAGUUCACUGGAGGAUGAAAACAUUUCAUGUGUGUAGCGAGGGGAGAAAGCAAUAAGGUGUUGAAUCGGAAAAGGAAUAUAACUACAUUUGUCUCCAGAUCUAUGUGAAGUGUUCAAAUCAAGUAUACUUUCUACCACAUUCCCCAGGUUAAAUGUGAUGGCAUUUUCACAGCAUCUUCUGGUAUUAUCGGUUCUGCUCCUCGGUCUGGUCCAGUCAACCAGAGGUGGUGCCUACUAUGGAAUGAAGCAGCUUCCACCGCAGAUGCCUCAGUAUCAACCCCAUGGACAGCCAAUACAUCACAUGCCAAUUGGGAAAGAGGGUCCACCGAUGGGACAUCUUGGAAAAGAAAAAGCACAUAUGCCGUAUUAUGGAAAAGAGAUGCCACAGAUGCCGAAAUAUGGCAAAGAAUUAAUGCCAAGAAAAGACAACAAAGAACUUCCAUUGUCUGCGUUAAGAGGUGACCAAGGUUCUCCUGGUGAACCUGGACCACGGGGACCACCAGGACCUCAAGGAAUACCCGGACAAGGACUACCAGGACCCAAAGGAAACUCAGGUCCACCAGGACCACCCGGUUAUCCUGGAAUUGGCAAACCAGGAAUGCCAGGGAUGCCAGGAAAACCAGGUGGCAUUGGUAUGCCAGGAUUAAAGGGAGAUCAAGGAUUCAAAGGGGAGCCAGGACAUAAAGGAUUACCAGGACUGCAGGGACCCCCUGGACCUUCAGGAUUACCUGGUGUGGGAAAACCAGGGGACCAAGGAUUUCCAGGACAGCCAGGACCGAAGGGUGAACCAGGAAUGAAAGGACCACCAGGAUUUCCAGGAAUUAUGGGCCCAAAGGGAGAAAAGGGAGUUGGAUUACCAGGGUUACCUGGAAUCAAAGGUCCACCUGGCAUACAAGGACCUCCAGGUCCAGUUGGCCUGCCAGGUAUAGGUAAGCCUGGUGUUAAUGGAUUUCCAGGGCCAAAAGGACAUCCUGGUAAUCCAGGAUUACAAGGAGAACUAGGACCAAGUGGGCCUGUUGGACCAACUGGUCUUCAGGGUCCACCUGGAAUCCCAGGUGUUGGAAAGCCAGGUCAAGAUGGUCUUCCUGGUGGGAUUGGAUUACCAGGUAUCAAAGGUGACCAAGGUUUACCAGGUUUACCUGGAGCCCCUGGCCUUCCAGGAGUAGGGAAGCCUGGGUUUCCUGGACUUAAAGGUGAUCGUGGCCUUGGAGGACCACCAGGUCCAAUAGGACCAAAAGGUGAUAAAGGUCAUGUAGGGGAACCUGGAAUUGAUGGCCAGCCAGGUGAGCUGGGACCUCCAGGUGUACCAGGACCUAUUGGACCUCCAGGUGUUACUGGAUUUCCUGGUCCUAAAGGGGAGCAGGGCAAUGUUGGACCUGAAGGGCCACUUGGUCCUAAAGGUGAACCAGGCUUACCUGGGCUUCCUGGCAAACAAGGUUUUCCAGGUGAGUUAGGACCCCAAGGUCUCAGAGGUCUACCAGGACCAACUGGCCCAAAGGGAGAACCUGGACACAAAGGUUUGGUAGGUCCACCUGGAUUACCUGGAUUACCUGGAUCAAAAGGAGAACCCGGAAUUCCAGGUGAACAAGGAAUUCAAGGUCCAACUGGAAUACCUGGUCUUGCAGGACCAGGAGGUCCAAUUGGCCCCCCUGGACUUCCAGGAGAAAAAGGUGAGCAAGGUUCACCUGGUGCACCUGGUCUUCCAGGAGUUGGAAAAGAUGGUUUAACAGGUCCUCAGGGUCCAACAGGUCCACCUGGAGCAGUAGGGCCACCUGGGCAGCGUGGAUUACCAGGACCUCCUGGGCCACCAGGUGCACCAGGUAUUCCUGCGGAAAUUCCACCUACACCACCAGGAAUGGGACAGUAUUUACCCGAGAUGGGGCCUGCAAUUGAUGGAGUAAAAACUUCUCAAGGUUACUAUGGAAAGAAAGGACACACUCAAGGACUAAUUCAUGAGAUGCCUGCAUUUACAGCUGAACUGACUACUCCUUACCCACCAGUUGGUGAACCUAUAAAGUUUGAAAAGCUAUUAUACAAUGGCAGACAAGGCUACAAUCCACACAGUGGCUUAUUCACGUGUGAAAUUCCUGGGAUUUACUACUUUUCAUAUCAUGUGCACUGUAAAGGUGCAAACGUAUGGGUAGCCCUGUAUAAGAACAAUGAGCCAUUAAUGUACACUUACGAUGAAUAUAAGAAGGGCUACCUAGACCAAGCCUCUGGGAGUGCAGUGGUCCCUCUGAUGCAAGGAGAUAAGGUAUAUAUUCAGAUGCCUUCAGAGCAAGCAUCUGGACUCUAUGCAGGACAAUAUGUCCACUCAUCAUUCUCUGGCUAUUUAUUGUAUCCAAUGUGAACAGCAGCAGUAACAAGAACUCUAAAUUAACUUUGCUUAUUCAUUUUAUAUCCAUUACAACUGCCUUCAAAACUUCUGCUACUCAUGGUGUCUUCUGCUGCUUCAUGUUCCUGUUCUGGAUGGCAGCGAGAAGUUGGCUGGCAGUUGGACUAUCUUUUCCACAGUUUAAUAGUUCAUUAUAUAUGCACAGUAAAUACAAACAUUGAGUGAAGGAUUCAUUUGCAUUGCAUUACAGUUUAAAACUGCCCUGUCCAAUAUUAUACGUGAAAACUGUAGCCAAAAUAGGAUUUGUUACCAUGACGGAGUAAGUGUGAACAUUCAUAAAUACUUUUAUUAAAGGUCCCAUGUGUUGAAGUAUGGGUGAAAAUAUUUGCUGAUAGUUACACACAAACAUAUGUCUUUGUGUGUGUAUGCCUGUGUUUUAAUUCACAUUUUAGGUUGUAGGUAGCUGUAGUUUUUGUACCCUUCACAUCCUGAGCAGAAGAUUUAGCCAGAAAUAAAGAUAACGUAGUUCAAUUAUCCCCUACUCUUCUACAAAAAAACACACAUACACACACUGCAAAAAAAUAAAUAAAUAGAAGAAACCUAUAGCUAAAAUGUUUUUUUCUAACAUGUCUUGGCACAUAUAAAUACAUAUUUUAUUUUAUCAGAAAUCAAACUAUUUUAUCAAGAUUGUAUUAGAGAUUUUUAAUGAAGUAUUAUUUUUAUAGUAUGAAUGACUAGUGACCUCUGAUAAGAAUGCCAUAGAAUGUAUAGGUUUAAAAAAAGUUAAAUUCUAAAUUGUGCUAUAAUUCAAAGACAACAAUUGUCCAACCUAUUAUUUUAGUGCCCACGUGGUUUUAAGGAACUGUGUAAUACAUCUAAAAUGUUCCAGGCCUGCAAAGGUUCAAGGACCCUUUGCUCCAUUUUGAAAACCCUGAAAAGAUCAAAGAAAAGAAACACUAUUUUGGGGUUAUCAUCAAAAAGAAAAAUACUAACAAAGGCGAAAAAAAAGAAAUGUAAUUCUUUACAAUUUUGUAAUAAUAUUGUAGAACCUUGCAGCAGAGGGGAAGCUAAAGGAAUGAGCUAACAAUAGGGUAGCCAGUAGUCACUUUAUAUAAUUCAAGGCCAGUAGACAUUUAGCUAAGGGCCAAUAAUAAUCAUCUGGAUGCAAUUUUGUGUUAAUCCUUGCUAAUCCCCAGGUAAUAACAGUUGGAGAAGUUACCCUAUGUGCCUCCACUGUACACAGAGAUCGGGGGAAUCGUCCCAAAAUGACUUACAGUUAAGUCAUUUUCUUCACUCAAUGCUAUGCUUUCGUUUAACCUGAUCCGAUUUGUCUGAUGGCACGUUCGAUCCAAAAGAUGUAGAGAUAGUUUAGACUGUGUGAAAGUUUAAAGGGCACUGCUCAGGAUUUCAGUUAAGCCAUCACUAUUAAAUUGAAUUUGUGAUUUGAUUAUGUAUUAUUUACACUGUUUAUGCUGCAGCUAUAUUUCUUAUAAUGGAUAGCGUUUGAAAUUCCCAUAGUGUUGCUGCUAGCGAAACUAUCACUAACAACCAAUAGACAAUGAGCAUUCUACAGGAAUUCUUUUUUGGCUACUACACAAAAUAAUUCAUAUGCAAUAGUGAUUAAUUUAAUAUGGUUUCCGUACACAAUUAUAUCUAAUGCUUAAACUGCUCUAUUAAAAUUAUUUGGAUCAUACUACGACUUUACAUGAUGCAAAAACAGAACAAAAAUAUUUGAUGCAAAACUUUAUACUCAACUUCUUUAAUAUAUAAAAUGGUGGAUAUUUCGAUAUUCAGUGUGAUGUCUUUUUUCAUAUUACAUCUGAAACAAAUAGCUUAGUGCUGUCUGCAGUAUAUACAUACAUCCAUAGGUAUUGCAGGGCAGUUUCCGUAGUUCUAUUUCAAGUAAAGCCUUUUAUAAUUUAUUGUUAGUGUUUUGUUUUUUUUUAAUUCCUGAAUUCAAACUUUUUAACUAGUAUCCUAAUAAAAUGCACAGAGUGAAAUGCACAAAAACAAGUACUCAAUAAAUACUGUAUCUUUAAAUGGUGCUAAACCUAUUACGUGAAUUAUGUUUAUUUAAAAGAAUUGUAAAACAAAGAAUAUAUAGCUGCAUUUGGUUGUGAUUUGUUUAGCUGAAGAACAGAGGCAACAAAUGAACACAAUUCUCUAUCCCUUGAAACCAUUAAAUAGCAAGAUUAAUGUAUGUGCGGAUAUAACUGGCAGGGUUGUUAUUUAAACCCAUUGAUGACCAAUGACUUCUUUGUUGCCCUCACAUUAUGUCCUUGAAAACACUAUACCAGGAUAAAAUGUCCAACGUAUUUAACAUCAUAUCGGAAGAACGUUACUAUUUCUAAACGAGCAGAAGGGCAUUUUAAUCUUGAUUGUUAUAACAACAUAGAGCAUCAUCGGGACUUAAUUCUUUAAAUUUGGAGGUAUUACUAAGAUACGGUUAUGAAUGUAUCAAAAAUAAAAAUCUCAAAGAUAUUAUAAAAUGCUAGUGAACAAUGAAUGUCCCUCCAAACACUGGCCAUGUAUGGUGAUUUUCCAAAAGGAAACAGCAAAUACUUUUGUAUUUAAUUUUUGUACUGAUUUGGAAAUUAUCUUAAUAAAUGUUAAAAAUGCA